UUGAUGAAAUCGCUCGACUGUUUGUUACGAUUGCGAUUUGUUGUCAUAUUAGAUAAUUUUUGUUAAAAUUAUUAUAAUUAACCUAGCUCAAUAAGGUAAUUGUUCCAGCUUUGGAAAACAUCCACCGAAAUGCCCGAAGCUGGACGGAUGCAGCCCGAAACCUCCCUUGUCAGAUCUGGUUGGUGAAAUCCGAAGAAAGGAGAAAAAAGAACUGUGCGUGUGUCUACGGUGUGAGCCCCGUGCUCAAUGUGUAUGGCGAUGUCGAGGCAGUGCUGCUGACGAAUACUGUUCCACCUCACCCGAAAAACUCGAGCCAGUCCGUAACCGAUGGCAAAAAUUUGCCAAAUUCAUUCCAGCAAGCUAAAGGCGUGUGAAUAUUGAUAUUGUUAGAAAAAGGUGGUUUGUUAGAGGGUCUAGAAGUGAGUUAGAAAGAAAAAAGUAAAAAUUGGGGCGAUCCCAUUGAGUGUGAAGGAAGAAUUUGAGAAUGCACGACUGCAGGUGGAAAAGCGGCUCAAAAUGAUUUUGUUAGAUGCAAAGCUCACGGAAACCUAGCAUAAGAUGGAUUACAAAACAGUGGUCAUUUCAGUCGAAUCAAAAUCUUCAAUGAGCCCAAUGAAGUGAAAAUUGUACGCCAGGCGAAGAAGAGUGUAAGGGAUAAAAUUCGAUCUACAUGAGUGUUGAUAGUAACCGUUAUCAAAUUAGUGGUUCCUGAUUAAAGUUCUCUCAAGCAAUUUGGAUAAAAAAAAGGUGGAGCCCACAUCUUCGGAUCAAUACAUGGAUUGUUGAACAGGAACGAACACUGACGAGUUAAAUGGCUAUCGGGAAAAAACGGUACUCAGGAGAGAAUAUUGCUGCCAGCUGAGAAGAUAACAAAAAAAAGCUAUAAGCUGCCACCGAAAACCCAUCGACUGGUACUGCACAGAGCCAAGCCGAAAGCAGAACGGUAUAAUUGCAUUUGAUGAGUUUUAAUGAAUUCAAGCGAAGAGAAUAGUUGAACUACAGACAAAGUAACGGUGGAAAAGGUGAAAAUAGUGCAGUCACGAUCCGAAGAUUGGACAACGGAGGAAGAAAAAGCAUUUAAAUUUUCUCGGGUGGGAAAAGUUUUCCAGCUAUCUCCCAUAAGGCCCACCCACCUCCGAAUUGCACAUUUGUGUUCCAAACAAACGAGGAAAGGAAAAAUCGCCCUCAAGGGGUUUAGUGUGAAUAAUUUAGCGUUAGUAUUUUGAGGCAAAAGUCCUUUCCAAAAGUUGGAACCAGAAAAAGCGAAAAGAGAAAAGAUAAUUGCUGGAGGACGAAAAGUUGAACAAACCGAAAGUAAGUGUGUGCGUGUGAUUAUAUCCGGAAAAUAAAUGCAGUGCAGAAAAUGGAAGCUUAAUGGAAUCUGAAACGAUCUCUACCACGGAACGUGUCAACCACAGGCUUCCGCGGGUGUGCUGGGAAACUGGAUUGUUUUCAUCUUCGGGCUUUCGUAUCACCUGUAAAGUAGUCCCGCAUCCUAUUUCUAUUCGAUAAUAAUUAUAGUAGAGUAACGCAUCUGUAUUUCGAUUUGCAGAUUUUUUAGAGUGUUAGUGUAGUUAAUGAAUAUUAUCUAAUUCAUGUAAAAUGGCUUUAAAUCUCGACGUGUAAAAUGUGUGUUAAUAUGAUUAUGCAAAGUAAAUGUAAGCCACAAUCAAUCACAGUGCACUCGUAAAUUUGCGGACAAGUUUUUGUCGCUUCCGAGAAUCCGUUUGAAACAUAGUGCUUGCUGUCACUUGUGCCGGAGGUACCGAUAAAGCACUGAUAAAAAGUCUGAAAACGCAACCGCAGUGAAAAUCUUCGAAAUUUUGUGAAUACAACGAUCCUCGAACGAAUUUUAAGGACGGCGCCCUACAUAGGUGCCAAAGGUGCCGCCUUCUUACAGGAGGGGGCUCCGCAGAGGCGCUAGGCUGCCAGCUGCAGGCGAUGCACCGAUUUGCGGAUCGACCGGGUGGACCUGGCCUAAGAUGGGGAGCGUGCUACUCACGGCGUUGUUCAUAGCGUUACAUUUUGCAACCGGCCUGGCCAACCCAGAUUCCAAGCGUUUAUAUGACGACCUGUUGAGCAACUACAACCGAUUGAUACGGCCCGUGGGCAACAACUCCGAUCGUUUAACAGUAAAAAUGGGUCUACGGCUAUCACAGCUAAUUGACGUGAACCUUAAAAAUCAAAUCAUGACUACGAACGUGUGGGUAGAACAGGAAUGGAACGAUUAUAAGCUCAAAUGGAACCCAGAUGACUACGGUGGAGUGGACCAGCUCCAUGUGCCAUCGGAGCACAUUUGGCUGCCAGAUAUUGUGUUAUAUAAUAAUGCGGACGGUAACUAUGAGGUGACAAUAAUGACAAAAGCAAUUUUACAUCAUACGGGUAAAGUAGUAUGGAAACCACCUGCCAUUUAUAAAUCAUUUUGUGAGAUCGAUGUUGAGUAUUUUCCCUUCGACGAGCAAACAUGUUUCAUGAAGUUUGGAUCCUGGACGUACGAUGGAUACCUGGUGGAUUUACGCCAUCUUCAGCAGACGCCAGAUUCGGAUAACAUCGACGUGGGAAUAGAUCUGCAAGAUUACUAUAUAUCAGUUGAAUGGGACAUUAUGAAGGUGCCUGCAGUUAGAAAUGAAAAAUUUUAUAGUUGUUGUGAAGAACCAUAUCCGGAUAUUAUAUUUAAUAUAACGUUAAGGAGAAAGACACUUUUCUACACCGUGAAUUUGAUCAUACCUUGCGUUGGGAUAUCGUUUCUCUCCGUACUAGUGUUUUAUUUGCCCAGUGACUCCGGCGAAAAGAUAUCAUUAUGUAUAAGUAUAUUACUGUCACUCACUGUGUUUUUUCUACUGCUGGCUGAAAUCAUUCCACCAACGUCGCUAACGGUUCCACUGCUAGGAAAGUAUUUAUUAUUCACGAUGAUGCUAGUCACAUUGUCCGUAGUUGUUACCAUUGCCGUACUGAACGUUAACUUUAGGUCACCCGUUACGCACAAAAUGGCACCAUGGGUGCAUCGAGUUUUUAUAGAACUAUUGCCAAGGGUGUUAUGCAUAGAGCGGCCGAAAAAAGAGGACGAACCAUCCGAUAUCGAAGACCAACCGCCCGAAGUGCUGACGGACGUGUUCCAGGUGCCACCGGAUGUGGAGAAGUACGUCGGCUACUGCGGGAAGGAUUUCAGUACGGAUUUUGAUAUUCCUGCACUGCCACCAUCAAGGUUCGAUGUAGCUGCAUCGGGUGGCGUUGGGCCAUGUUUUGGCGAGCCACCACUACCAGCACUGCCAUUACCAGGUGGAGAUGAUGAUCUCUUCAGUCCAACCAGCAACGGUGACAUGAGUCCGAACUGUUGCGGAGAUCUGAGCCCGACCUUCGAGAAGCCCAUGCUGCGCGAGAUGGAGAAGACGAUAGAGGCUUCGCGAUUCGUUGCUCAACACGUUAGGAAUAAGGAUAAAUUUGAGAGUAUAGAAGAAGACUGGAAAUACGUAGCACUCGUCCUAGAUCGUCUGUUUCUGUGGAUAUUCACGAUAGCCUGCGUGAGUGGCACGGCCCUGAUUAUUCUGCAGGCACCCAGUUUGUACGACACCACCCAGCCGAUCGAUGCGAUGUACUCCAAGAUUGCCAAGAAGAAGAUGGAACUGCUCAAAAUGGGCAGCGAGAAUGUAUAGCAUCCGCCCGGGUUCGCAUCCGCCGUUUGGAAGUAUAUUCUGAACUGGAUGCGAACCCUGGUCAACGAGGAUGGCCAUUAAGAAUCCGACUACAACAAAAUACAACGCCCCUAAAUUAAACACUCACACAUUCAAAACAUACGAGAGUAAGAGAGAGCGAGAAAGAAAAAAAACAUGACAGACAACUAAACAAAGCCAAAGUUACCCCACUCGCAUCGUCAGUAGAAGUGGCGCUGUUGGUUUCCGCUGGUGAAUUUCGGAGGGCUGCCCUGCGGCACACAAUCACGUUCAUCGUUCGCCACACUGCCAUCGUCGCUGCCCGCGCUGGAAACCGGUUGGGUGGGCCGACGGUGCCAUUCGUGCAACCAGCGCCCGCCCAUGCGGAAAAAGAGGUUUCUUCUGAUUCCACUCAGCCAGACAGCAGCACGACACAAAACCGACCAGGGUGGGGCCGGAUCUGCAGCGUCACCGUCACCGUUACCACCAUCAGCAACAGAUGGCGCUGCUGCUGAUACACGGAGAUCCCGGAGAAUUUCCUACAGUCACGUGAGUCAACAGCGUUUUUGUACUGCUACUGAUUGUCCGUUUUGCGUUUUCUGUUUGGUUUUGAUUUCUCGAGAGGAAAGAAUGUCAAUAACAAUCAAAUUAAUGUUAAUACCGUACGUCAAACUGUAGUUUUUAAUAAACAGGAGAAAAAAAACUUUUUUAUACGACAAGCGGAAUGAGGCCGGUGAUUUCGUAGAGCAAAUUGCUUUUGAUUUUAACAUUCUGGUGUCCGCGGUCCGUUUCAGUUACGAUAGAGCAAUACUAACUACUGAGUCCGUUGUUGAUGUAAAUAAUGGCAGGUGAGUUCGAUGGCUCAGCUUUCGAUUUUGGAUGAAAAAUUAAAAAACAAAAACAAAAUACAACAAUAAGCAAGAGGAAGAUGAUACGAGUGCAAUGUGAUUGAUGAAAAUCAGAACUUAAGACGUAGCGUAAUUUGUUGAGCAGAAAAAAACGUUGAACUACUUGGUGUAAAUAAUUGAAUUUUGUUAAAUAUCAAUCCUAGUGGAAUUCGGAAAGCUAGCGUUAAGAUGAUUAUAAGGGAAAAAAAUGGAAACGAAUUCUUAAUAUAGUUGAUAUUUUUUAUAUUGACCCUGAUAAAGGGCGAUGAAUUGAAAUGAUAGUUAUUUUUAAGUGACAACAGACACAGUAGAUGAUAACGUCAUUUAGUUAGUCAUUCAAUUUGCAUAAACUUUUAUACACUGGGACGGGGCAGGUGAAAUCAUACUUCGUUUAUUUACCAAAUGACGUAAACUGACACACUUUUUCUACGACGAUAUGUUGUGUUAAUCACUUCAUUGCAAGACAGUUGUUUUCCUGCGUAAUUUCACGACGGACACGAGUUGCAGGAAAAGCUCCACCACCGUCAGUAAACAAAAUCAAACGGUAGCGUUUCAAAGUAUGUAUCUAAUUUUGGAAUUGAAAAAUUGUAAAAUCUUCCUAGGUGUGUAGGCGACAGGGAAAACUUUUCGCAGUGAAUAGGCCCGGGGAAAACAAGGAACCGAAUCGCAGAGAUAAGCGGAAAGCUGAACCAGAAGCAGAAUUGAACUGGAGCAGACUAUGAAAAAGAACAAUCAGCAUGCACCGGUCUGAUAAUAAAGUGUCUUAUCUACAGGAAAUUCUACCAAAAUUCCCAAUAAUUGAAUGCUAAAAUUACUGCAGCCAAACUCCAGUGAGAACAACCGAACCGGUUAUCUAAUCUUGCGUCUUUGAAGUUGGCGAUUUGGCAACGAUCCACAACUUGCCCACAUUUCAAAGAUCAAACGAAAACUUCCUAUAAUCACUAGAUAAACAAAAAAAAACAAGACGGAGUAACUGAAAGCAAACGUGUAUGUAUUUUAUAUAACACAGUAUUAUUGGAGUAAACAACAUUUUCGUAAAACUAUAGGUGUACAUGUAGUUAGAUUUUAUAUCAUUGAAUGAAUUGAAGUUAAACUAAGAGCAACGUGGUAAUAAGCAAGUAUCAACUAGCGCAGCAAAAAUGCAGAGGACAGUAGUUAAUGCAAUUAACAAUGAAUUUAUUCGUACUAACAAAAGUAAACUAUAACGUCACGAAGCUACACAUACAUUAACACAAAAUACAGAGGAAAAUAUAAUCUCAACGACCUUAUAGAACGGUUCGAAGAUUUAAAACAUUAGUAAAACCAACUCUCUCAUCACGUGUAGAGUAUCUCUUGAUUUGUAGGCAAAUUAUAGUGAAUUUUGAACAAACAGUCAAAAUAGAGUUUUCUACAGCUCGCCUCUUCCUCACAAUGGCGAUGGGCGGAGUGACGCCAAACGAAACAACAUUUACAUACAAAGCAGAAACUUUUCAUAGUUAACAUGAAACAUUAGUCCAUAUAGAGCCAAAAACAACCUAGUAUUUCAGACCGACUACGACUAUUACCGCGAUUAGGAAAUGUUGACAAUUAGAACUAACUAUUCUGUUUGAGUGAGUAUCUGCACAUUUUGGUCAAAGGUAGCGAAGGAAUUAUUCGAAGACUACAUAUCAAGAAGACUGGCAACUCUUUCCUUUUCCGAAACAAAUGUAAAGCGUCAUUUAUGACAUCUAUCCCACAAAGGUAGCGUUCACUUACAAGUAGACCAUUACUUGGACUACUGCCUGGAUGAGAUGUUGUUACUGUUUCCGACUCAAAGUCAGUGUUGCCAGUCUUCUAAAUAUUUUGUUUUCGCUUCAGUACCUAAUUGUUAAAAGAAAUCAUUUAGAUACAGCAUCCGUUACUAGUAUUAAUUGUUGAGAGUUCAGUCUAGUUAUGGACGCAAAAAAAUUGUUUUUAGAGCAGGACAAAAUUAUUUCUUGGACAAGAUUAAUCACUAAGUUGUUUAUUGGUUAUGAUUUUGUUCCACAGCAAUUUGACGUUCCGUCCGAUAACCUGUUUGUAUGUUUUGUGUAUUGUGCCAUAAAAACGUUAUUGUUGCUAGUUCAAAAGGUAAAUUAGAAAGUUUCGGUAUAACAAAGAUGACAAAAUUCACGGACAAUUUUUACGAGCGCAAGUCAACAUUCGUUUUAAUUAUACUCAGACAUGGAUAUUCGUUAGUUAACUACGACAGUCAAAAACAACUCCAACAACAACAACAAAAUAUUUAGUAUAUAAUUAUUCGAUCCUUCUGUAGGUUGAUUUUGCACAUUCUGUUAUAACUGCGGCACUAAGAACUACGGCUGGUAUUGUCUGAUGCAUAUUUGUUAUGUUAGAACAUGUAACUUUAGCUUUACGAUAUGACAGAUGAUUCGGUGGUCAAUCGCAGAGACCUAAACUUACAAGAUUUUUUUUUCGAUUGCGUACUUUCAUUUCUCCCUAGCAGCUAUGACCACAUGUAAUCUAAUCUCCAACAACCAUUUUACACUCAAUAUUGACAGUGAUUCCACCAAAUUGCAAAAAAAAACCUUUCUUGGAUUCGUUAAAUUUGUUUCCCAUUUCUGAUAUAUCUGAAGUUCGGACUGUCUUUCGACCAUUUGCUAUUCUAGCACUCAAAAGGUUUAAGAAUUUUCUUAAAUCAACUCUUAUUAAUUUUUGUUAAAUAUUUCAUCAUUUUUUUCCUAAGGAUGUAGGCUUACUUAAUACGAAAAUCAUAAUUAGAACUUGUUUUAUUACUUACAUUAUUAACAUGUCUCAGAGUUAUGAAAAUUGAUUGACUGUUCACAAAAUGAUCAUGACCUCACUAUCUGUGAACGAAUUUUCGUUCAUAGCAGCUUGUAUUUUCUCAGCAAAUAAAGUAACCUUUUAACUGGUGCACAUAGGAGUAUUUGACCGAAAAGCUGACCGAAAUUCGAAUUUUCAAAAACCGUUACCAACAAUUUCUGCAUUCGUUGGCACCCAUGCUACGUGUAUUUUCUAAAACUUGGCAACACUGUAAACUGUCAAAGCUAGAGAUUUUUUAAUUCGGGUUGGCUGGUUGGAAGUCGCGCGAGAAAACAAAACCUUCAGACGUUGGUGAUUCGAAUUGCAAAUAUCCUAUGUUGCACUUACUUGUUUACCUAAGAAAGUUCAUGUUCCCAAUCCGUCCCAGUGAAAACUCUUAUACCCUGAUUAAGUUUAAUCCAAACACUACUAGAUCAGUGAAAAUAAACUUGAGCAUAAUUACGCCAUUUUGAAUGUGAGCUAUUGGAAUAAUAAGAUAUUUUUAACAUUCUUCUUAAUUUUACUACCUUGUCCGUGCGAAGUUCAAACCUUUGCAAGAAUAAACUUUAAUCUCAUUUGGUUAUGUAGUGCUUGUAAGAAGCUGUUGAUACAGGCAAGAUUUCGAAAUGCGAUGUUAUCUGUCCAUGCCGCAUAAGAAAAGCUGAUUGAUGAUAUUAGCGCAUUUCCCCAAAAUUCCAGGCGGCCUUUCCCGAUUGAAAGGAACGGCCGCGCUCCAUGAAACGCCGCGCUUAGCCCAUCUGUUAUAAUUGAUUUUGCAUAGCGAAGGGCUGAAUGAUAACACAUGUUGUUCCAAAAAACAGCCCUGGGUUAUGCAACAGGUUGCAGGUUGAUUCUACCGGUUGCAAGUGGCGCUAAAUUCACCACGUUCAGUAUAAUUCAAAAAUUCUUUAUAAAUUACAGGAUUGAUAAAAUUGGUUAAAUGAGUUAAACUGAUUAAUCAAAUCCUGUUUUUAAAACUGUCCUUGCGUUUAAACUAAAAUGGUAGGCUUGCUACUACCACUACAUUACUUAAUUUCAAGCGUAAAUAGCAAAUUCAUGUGCUAGUUAAACCAAAAAUUUAUUGGCAACCUUACAGCGGCAUUUAGAAAGCAGUUGGUGCGGCGUGUACGUUUCGGUGAAUGUCUCAAUAUGAAAGUGGAAAUUUCGUUGCAGUGUUCUGGAUAAAAUUAAAUCGGAAAUACGUAACAUUUUCAAAACGAUUAUCGAAACAAAACCAUCAACCCCGCAACCGACAUCGCGUCCGACCUCUUUCGGCUCAGCUAAACGAAGACGAGACAGGGACGAAGCUGCUGAAUUGAUUCAGAGCAGACCAGCCAAACUUCUACGAGGCACUGGUAUGCUAAUCUUCACGGAAGCGCCGAUUACUGUUACUCAACAUGAAUCGGUUCCGGAAAAGUUUUGGCUAUACCUUUCAGGCUCCAGACGCAAAGGAUGAACAAAUAACAUCGCUUGUCUCAACCAAACUGAACACAACCGACGUGAAGGUAGUGAAACUUGUUCCCAAGGACAGAGACAUAAAAAGCUACAACUUCGUGUCGUACAAGGUAUGAAUCAGUUCUGACCUUCGCGUGCAAACAAUGCUAGCUUCCACUAGGACAAUCGGAAUUGUUUUCCUUGAGUUUGGAAAACUGGUUUUCUGGAAACCACCGAUCGUGACAGCGGAUUGCAACACCAAUCAACCAGUAACUUCUCCCAAACUACCUGCUGGCUCUCGUAUUGCACUUCCGCAAACAGCAUGGUCGUCGCAAUGUACAUGUAUUCGUCUGCAUCAUGCUGAAUUUUCUGCAACGAUGGUGAGUAAUGUUGACUCUCUGUUACCAGAAUCGCCUUCCGAACACCUCACUCUUUACUACCCAAAUGUUAGAGGAACGCGUACUAAAACAAAUAGCUUCUUCAUAAUGCAAACCGAUUACAAUUAUGACAUCAUCGUACUGUCUGAAACCUGGCUGCACUCCGACAUAAGAAAUACUGAGCUUUCCUCAAACUACACAAUAUUUCGCUGGGACCGAAGCUCCGCUACUAGCACCUUAAGCCGUAGGGCGGUGUCCUAGUAGCCGUAAAUCUCUACUUCACUGCAAAUCAGUCUCUGUUGAAGAUUGUGGGUAGUUGUGUGAAUCAAACUUCUUCGACAAACAGUUUUCAUUUGCGGCAUUUAUUUGAGACCAAUUUCAAGCCCGGAUGCUGUGCAGCGUCUUGUCGACGAAGCAGAUGCUGAUGAUUUAAUUGUUGUUGUUGGAGACUACAAUCUACCCAACCUCAAUUGGACGUUCGAUGAUGAUGUGAACGGAAUGCUACCCGUUAAAGUACGAUUCAUACGAUACGUCAGGCUUCCGCCACACACAACAUCAACGGCACGGAACGGUUUGACGUACGGCAUGUAUGAACGGACACAAGAGAAAAGUAUUAAACUUAUCCUGACGGAACGGUGACGUUCCGUUGACGUUGACGGAAGCUGAUGUAUCGUCUGAGUCGUUCUGAAUGCAUCAUUAGAGCAAGAAAUUUGUCUUACUGAAAAGAUGAUCGCCGUCGGCCUACACCAAAUAAAUGAUUCGCUAAAUGUAAAUAGGCGCCUCCUCGACCUAGCGUUUGUGAAGGAUUCUAGCAUCGAGCUGAUUGACCCACCAUCUUCUAUUUUAAAAAUUGACAAUCACCACAAACCAAUUAUUUUAAAAAUCGACACACGCUUGGAAACGGUUCACCCACUUGACAAUACCCGAACAGAACUCGAUUUUGAUUGCUGCGACUUUGACAUGCUAAAUACUGAUCUGCUCUCCGUUGACUGGGUUGGCUUAUUUCACGUAUCUACAACAGACGCAGCAGUGACCAUUUUCUACGAAGACUUGUUUUAAAGUUUGAAUUUGAGAGUCCCCCGCAGUCGUUCCAAUAGAAAUUUGACUCGGAAUGAACCUUGUUGGACACCUGAACUACGACACCUACGGAAUCGUGUACGAAAAGCUCGCAAACGGUUUUUUCGCCGCAGGUCUCCGGAAAACAGAGAGAAUUUGCAAUCAAUUGAUGCGUACUAUGCGAUUUCUAUUCAAAAAUCUACACUCAAUGAAGCAAAGGGACCUUGAAACAUCCAAUUCCGUGCUUCAUUAGAUCCACGCACAAUUUCGAAAUGGUGACCCCGCCGUCGAUCUCAACUUUGUAGGCGGACAUGUAGACGCGAUAGUGCUUCACACAAGCCUUGGCGGCACUAACGUCAUUUGCUUGCUUCAGACAGAAUAUCACAAGUUAUCUGGACGACCUAUUGUGAUAUCUGUCACUGUUGAAUAUGUCUACGUUGGUUCUUUCAAAAUCUUUACAAUACUUAGGGCUGAUUUCUUCACCCUUGCUUAACGCUUAAGCCAGUUUUAAACGUACUGGCGAACCUGAUUUUAAAGCUAAGCGAUGGUGAAGAAAUCGGCCCUUAGCGGAUUAUCUUUGAUCUGAAACAAGCUACACACGAAAUCAUUGUUCAAAAAUCGAAGUAAAAAUAGUGACAAAGUUAACACCGAAGGGGCGCAAAACUGGGACUUUGUCAAGGGUGCCAGAAGGUCACGCUACGGCUCUAAUAAUAUGUAAAAAUAUAUAAUAUGUAUUAAGGCAAUUAUUUGAUUGGCCAGAAAUCUUUUUUUGCACUUCUAUAUGAACAUAAACUUAUAAAUUAUUACUAAAUCAUUGAUUUCACAUAUAAUUGUUAUUAUAGUUGAAUAUUAAUUUCUGCUGCAAACAAAUAUUUCAAUUAUUUCGGCCUGGUUUUUCAAUCAAAUGCUCCUAUGAGUGGUUGCAUAAAUACGCUUGGCACUCCUUUGUUUGGCAAAUGAACGUUGGGCAUAGUAUGUAGAAGCUCGUCAUUACUCCAGAAUCGAUUGAACAGGCAGUGAAGAAACUGAAAUGAUCGAUGAUGAUUUGCCCGAACUUGUAUCAAUGCUUUGGCUUGACCGCUGAGCUUAAUUUUUACUCGUUCCUUUGAGCAAGCCAAAUUCCCUCCCAUUUGGAAGCAAUCGUUCAUGUGUAUUGGCGAUCGACGGAAUGGUGCGCAUAUUUCAAUUCUGUUUAUCCAAAUUUCAGUGUAAGGAUACCAUAUGAUACAAUUACUUUCUAGAACAGAACGGACGAGCGAAAACUACAACGUUCGAUUGCAGUAUGGAUCAGUUAAUUGACUUAGUAAUUCCCACAAUGAAACCAAGAUUUCUGUUUUCCUGUACUGUACUGUCGGAAUAGUUAUCUCUAAAAAGACAAUUGAGAAUCCUGCUGAAUACCAGGAUCUCUGACAACUGACACUCUUUUGAACAAUUUCCUAUUGAUUAUGUAGUUCUACAAAAAGUGGAUUUCAUUUGUGGAUGAAGAAAAUCACUGAGCAUCUUGAGACACUGAUAGUCAAGAAAUUCCUAGUAGACCAGUUGCAGACGGCAUCUAGUUGUCUCUGCAGCUCAACCGACUAUGUAGAUCGAAUAAUAAGAAACAGUUCGAGGCCGUCAGCGUAGACAAUAUUGUAUACAGCCCGAAUAGCUAAGCAAACAUCAUUGCUUACCUUACCGUUCAGGCUAGAGCCUUGUUGUCUCUUGCUGUAUGCAGAAGCCGACUGCACGCUACUCGGUCCAUUGCUGCUUGUCGCCCGCCUCGCAGUCUUCGAACAGAACCAUCUUCACCGGGUUAUCGUCCGACAUUCUUACGACGUGUCCAGCCCACCGCAAACGUCCUAUUUUUGCGGUAUGCGCGAUGGAAGAACCGCAGCUGAUGCAACUCAUAGUUCAUUCGCCUGCACCACGUUCCGUCUUCCAUCUGCACGCCACCAUAAAUGGUACGCAACACCUUUCGAAAACUUCAAGGGCGUAUUGGUCCUCCAGAAGCAUAGUCCAGGUCUCGUGGCCGUAGAGGACAACCGGUUCAAUCAGCGUCUUGUAGAUAAUCAACUUCGUGCGGCGGCGAAUUUUGUUCGGCCGGAGCGUCCUCCAAGUCCAAUCCUGUUGGCUUCAGCUUUCCAAUAUCAGUUGGAUGAUUUCUCAAGGACACCUAGUCAGUUGUCUGAAAUGAGUUAAGUAGUUCAGUGAAGUCGGCUUUCACAAGUCAUCAGUCAAUUCAUCAAAUUUAACUUGUCUGCGGACCUAGUAGGGGAGGAUGACGUUAAUCGAUGCCAAUUAAAAGCUCGCGUGCUUCCAAAACAGAGCAGUUUGGUGAAAUUUCCUCGUAAACAAACAAAAGAUCGAGCAUUCGAUUACGAUGGUUAGUACCUGUUGACAUUUGUUGCAUGUUUAACAAAGGCAUCUCGUUUCACGUAUACCUAAUACGUAUACGUAUGCGUACCCAAAGUUGUUCGAAAUUGCAGACAACACUAGGUUUUCAUUCGAACAACAAUCUAUUGGACACAGCUAUGAGUGCAUCUCCAUACCGUUUUUUCAGCACUGAUUGUGUCACGAUCGUUGCGAUGAACCGUAUACAUUGAACCGAUCAGUUGAAGUGAAUUUAUGUCAUCGUUCAGCCACGUCUCAGCAGGAACAAUAACACCAUGCUCACCAUCCAAAACAGCGACAAACAAGUCAUCAAUUUGUGCACGCAGUCCUCUAAUAUUCUGGUAGUAUAUCUCAAGUCCCGCAUGGUACACAAUUUGUUGCCCUAUUUGUUCCUUUUAUUCUUUACUUCAAUAAUAGUAGACUACUGCUGCUUGGGGAUCAAUUAGUGCUCCUUCACUCGAGUUCUUGUAUUCAUCCCUGCUGUUAUCGCUGGUGAAAUUAUAUUAGUCCUUACACACUUAAUUCAGUUCGGUAAUUUCCGCACAGCUGAACAGUCGGUAAAUUUUUUCAACUGAUAGCUCAGCAAAGUGGCGUUAAUUUACUGAUUUUCAGCGAUAUAUUUACCGAGUUUAUUCAAAACAAACGUCACUUCUACUGAGAUCUCGGUAAAAGCUUUGUUAGCUGAGUGCUCGACUGUGCAAAACUCGGUAAAAGUAGUGAAAAAAGCUGGAAUUCGGUAGAACAAGAUUGAGUGUGUACGUUUAGAUGUUCUUAAUUUUUCAAUAAACAAGUAAGUUACGACCGUGUAUAUAUCUACUUUACCAUUUGCUUUCAGAUGCCAAUUUACACUUUUUAUUUUAAUCUAUAACAAAAAUGCCCAGCAAUGCCAGCAAUACUAUUAUUCACCAAUAGCAAACGUUCGAAGUAGUUCACCUUAACAUGGAAAAUGAAGUUAUUUUGUCUCUAGCAAAUUAGCCGCUCGAUGACUGCCCCACUGGGUUGCAUCGUAUUAGCGCUGUUUCGAUGAAUUACAGUACUACACAUUUUGGUAUAAAAACAAUCACGCGAAAAAAACGGAAAAAACUCUACCUUGUACAUAGCAAAAACAUAAAAACUAGGCUCUUAACUUGCAAAUAUGUUUGUCAAGUAAUUUUUAAUUAUUUUCAUACGAAAAUGCUCAGAAAAUCAAUAAAAAAAUUAAAGGCAGCACCCACUGAACGUGAAAUGCAACCGAACCGAGGCGGGAAAUAUGCAGCGCAUAUGGCUAAAGAAGAAAAAAAAGUGACUAAACUGAACUUAUAAUGAUAAAAAAAAAUCCAACAAUGGAAUAAAUAUACUCAAGCGAAAACAUUUAAAAUGUGCUCAAAGUUAACAUGUACAGAAGACGAAUGAAUUGGUUUGUGUAAAAAGUAGCUGGCCAGCCGUUUCGCUGGUACGGGUCAUGUUUAGUUCAUUUUUUAUACGAAACUACUACUACUAUUAUCGUCGAACGGAAGAUUUCAAAAGUAAGUGUAUUAUUAGGACACAUUUUGUGUAGCUCAAAUCUUGCAAUGCUCCGUUUUUGUUUGACCAUCGUUGAACGUUUUGUUGGCAAAAUUAGCUUGACACUCGUUACUUGGAGAAUGAUUAGUUCUUAUUCUUACGUGGAAAUUUGGAUCAGUUAUGCUCGAGGAUGAUCGUAGUUUUCGGAAAACACGCAGUUGCGAAAAUCAAUUGAUUCGUCCAUGAUAUUAAAACACUAUAAAAAAUAAAUGUAAACUUAAAGUGACAGAGCGUUGAUUUUUUUUUGUUGAGAAGUGGUGUUAAAAUAAUAUAGCUCAAACUUAAAAGGGGAGAAAUGACAAGCGAUAGUAAACGUGUUGAGUAUCUUCAAUUCUAGCCAUUAGUUUCAUAAGUGUGUGUUGUAUUAUGGCUCAAUGAAUUGUCGAUAAUAUUUAUCGUUACAAACGGUGAUGAAAAUCACGUUCCACCAAUGUUGGCAUGCGACCAGUGGAUAAUCGUGAUGCAGACUACAACUGCACUACUCGUUCACUCCCAACGACAUUCCAGAGUAGUGCACCAUUUGGUUUCAACUGGCCAGUCCCCUCUGUUUGUUUUUAUCGCGCCGACGAAAAUCAAUGCAAAUUUCGAAAAUAUCGAAUUCCUAACAUGGUAAUAACAAACGGAGAGGGAGGAUGGUCCAAGCGUGUCAAAAUGGUGCUUUUACCGAGAACAAGUAGUAUGAUUUAUGAAUAAGUUCUUAUUUAAAUACCCAACCAUCCAAUCCUCUUCUUCGCACCGGUUCCGCAGGCGUGAAAAUUUGAUCGAUAAACAUAUUUUCAUUUGUGCAGCUACUGCGUAACUCACAAAAAAUAAACGGAAAAUCCCAAACUGAAGUGGUAUAGUGCAUAUAUAUUGUGACACAAUAAAAUCGCAUUUAAAAUAAAUUGUAUUAAUAAGUACAUCAAGAACACAACGAAUGUAUAUUUUUGUAGUCUGUGCAAUGCACACUAAAUUAAAAACGACAAAUGCCUCGUUCAGUUGACGUUAAUUAGUUUUAAUUUUUAAACCAUUUACGCAACAGUAGCUGUUUCAGUUCCAUUUGUAAGCCACAACCGCAGAGAAAAAAAAAACAAAAAAAAUGCAACAGACUAUACACUGUCUAGAAAACGAAUGCCAUCAACCGUUUCGCUCAACUGGUGUAAUUAAUUUGUAAAUACGAAUAAUUACGUGAAAAACAAUAGAAGGGAAUAAAAGUAACAAGUAAUACAUUUUUGAACAUUAUGGCAUGACCCUGAUUUCAAAUCGAGUGUCUUCCAAUCACAUGUCGUGUAUUUGGCUCUUACCCAAGAAACAAAACUAGAAGGAAGCAAACGAGGAUAGAUUCGAAGCCGCAAGCAAAAAAAAAAACAUCAGUAAAACCCGAUACAAAUAUUAAGCACCGCAGCCCCAUCCCAUUUCCGCCCACACCCCACACACUCACACACGCGCGCAGUGUUCAAACUUUUCCUCCGAUUCACCCACAAAGAGCAGACUGGUUGGCAGACGGAACACGUAAACUGAGUUGUGAGAUUUCACUGCAUUAUGGCAGUGUACACACAGCGAUAUGCAAGUAAGUUUCAUACAAACAAAGAGGAAAGAUGGAUCGAGGGAAAAUAUGUUGAUGAUAUGGAACAAAACAAACGCGCUGGUCGGACUCUCGGUAUAUUUACUAUGAAGCAUAUAUAUAUUCAAUUAAACAAAACAGGGAUGUUCGUGAAGUAGUCAUUUGCCUGUGGUUAAACAUAUUUAAUCGGAUCAUCAUUUGAUGCGAAUGGUUGCCAUUGAAACAUUGGAGUUAUUUUUCAGCAUCAGUGAUCGAAAGAUUUGUUGCGGGGAGGGGGGGGGGGGUGCUUGUUUUAUUUAUGAAUCUUUUACCCAUAUUUUUUGCUGUUUAUUCGAUUCAUUUUGUUUUAUUUCUAGGUUAUAAAUCGGCGUUUCACUUUAUUUUUAAUAAAAAAAACUCGUGCAUAUUCUCUUCUUCCGAAGUUUCGGUCCUUAUUGGUUUCCUUGAGAAAGGUUCAAUAAGCUCCGAAACGUCGGAGGAAGGGAACAUACAGGAGUUUUUUUAUGAAACUUAACAGACUGAAACGCCGAUUCCCAGUCUAAAACAAAUAGGUUCAUCAGAAAUAUUUUAUAAACACACACGAGUUUGAGAUUGAACAUCUUGAAAUUUAUAAACGUUACAGAGAAGACUAUCGAUGUUUCAAUGGUUUCUAUAGUAAUUUCUCGAUUUAGCUGAAGAUCGGUUACUAUAUUGAGGGUUUUCACUAAAAAUAUAAACACACAUGUCCUAAAUGUGUAUUGAUGAUAGAAUAUCUUCAAUAUGUUGAAAACACCACUUUUUAGUAAUUUCAAACCAUCGAAGUAACUUUAUCCCAAAAUGUUAUGUCAUAAAAUGGCAUAAUAACGAUGACAUGACGCCAGAUCUUGGGUACUGAAAAAUUACUCAAUUACUUCAGUAGUGAACAAUCCUGCAAUCCUGUACAAUUUUUCUUCCUCGAUUGACUUUACACAGCCCUGUUUUAGAUCGACAGGGAGCGAUGCGGAACAGUUGAUUAAGGUGAAAAUGGAGCUUGUGCUUACAGAAACCUUACACAUGCAACUGCAUCAUACUCGAAAUGUAGUGCGGAUAACGUUUAGCUGCUUAGCCGAGGAUAAAAUCUUCGCAGUGAAAGAGAACGUGUAGCAUGAGGUCGAAUAUCAACACGUCAAAACCAAGAACCCUGUGAAUAUGGACAUCGACAUGACGGAAAUUCGCCUGCACGGUUUUGCACACUAGCAUACAUAAUAGUAAAAGAUUCGUGUCAAAGUACGAAGAAGUGGAAUCUGUCAUAAACGACACCUGAAAAAACCUAUUUUAAUCCACCUAGCGGUGCAAUUGUGCCUUUCUCAAUCAUGAAUCACGAGAAUGUGUGCGCUGUUUAUAUUAAUUAAAAGCUUUUAAAUGCAUAUAUUACAUUUUAUUAUUGUACAUCACAUGACAACUAUAUACAGGAAAAUAAAUCAUUAUUCGAGUUCUAAAAUUUUGAAGAAGAAAAAACAGCCACGGUAAUAUUGAACUGAAAAAAAAGGUGCAAAAUCGGCAAAGUCCCAAAAAGCCGAUUUUUACAAAAAAAAAUUUUUUCGAGAUAACAUAAAAUCUCGACGUUUCAUGCAUUUUAAAGAUGUUUGGCAUCAAAAAUACGAAUUCGAUUUCUAAAAUUUUUUUUUCCUUUGAAAAAAAAUUUGAGUUCCGGCUUAUAUGGGAAUUUCAUAUGUGACCGGACGAUUUAGUCUAUAUUUCCUGCCCCAUAUAAGCGAUCCGUACGAAAUUUUAUAAACAUCUGUGGGGAUAUUAUAGCUAUCAUUUGGGACUAAGUUUGUGAAAAUUGGCCCAACCAUUUCCGGGAAACUGAUGUGAGUUCGUAAAUUUUGAAAGAUGGCCGCUUUUCCCGGGCACUUCCGGAACCGUCUAGGGUGGUCAAUGUAGUGAACGAAAGUUUGGUUGGCCGUCGGUGACCUAGAACAGCAAAUUUAAGUUGUUUGAGAGACAUUUUAGCGAAAUUUUUACCUUUUUUGCUUUCAUCGGAGUAUCGGUUUGAAUCACAAUUUGCUAUGUGAUCGCACGCCACAACCUAUAACUCCGGAACCGGAAGUCGGAUCGGGAUGAAAUUAAAUAGCCAUUUACGGGGACGCAAUACUUUUCAUUUGAGGCCAAGUUUAGUCGAAUCGGUCUAGCCAUCUCCGAGAAACCGAUGUGACUGUUAUUCUGAAUUUAGAUACUUCCGCCGGGGCUUCCGGAACCGAUGAUGGUGGCCAAUGUGGCCAAAUAGACUUUGAAUGGAUGUUAGUGACCUAAUACUACAAAUCGAAGCAGUUGUGGUCAUAUUUUCGAAAAAAUUUCACCUUUAUGCAUUCAUUGCAGAAUUUAUUAAAAUCGACAUUUUCUGCGUGUCAAAAUCGGUUCAGCCAUCUCUGAGAAAAAUGAGUGACCUUUUUUGUAACAUACACACACACAUACGCACAUACACACAUACAUACAUACACACAUACAUACACACACAGAGACAUUUGCCGAACUCGACGAACUGAAUCGAAUGGUAUAUGUCACUCGGCCCUCCGGGCCUCCGUUAAAAAGUCGGUUUUCAGAGCAAUUGCAAUACCUUUCUAUUGAGAAAUUUCACCUUUUUACAUUCAUCGCAGAACUCGUUAGAAUCGAGAUUUGCUGCGUGAUCGUACGAAUCACCCUGUAAUUCAGGAACCAGAACUCGGAUCCACACAAAAUUCAACAGCAGCUGAUGGACCUUCCAUUUAAAAUCAAGUUUGUCAAAAUCGGUUCAGAAAAUUCUGAGAAACCGAUGUGGACAAAUCAACAAAUUUUGUUUUGUAACCAUACUCUUCAACUCGUAAUCCGGGACAAGAUGUCGGUUGAAAAUCAAAUUCAAUAGCAAUCUAUGGGAAUAGUAUACCUUUCAUUUGAAUCUUAGUUUGUAAAAAUCGGUUCAGCCAUCUCCAAAAAACCGAUGUGGACAUUUUGUUAACAAAUCCGCACAUACACACAUACAUACAUACAUACAUACAUACAUACAUACAUACAUACAUACAUACAUACAUACAUACAUACAUACAUACAUACAUACAUACAUACAUACAUACAUACAUACAUACAUACAUACAUACAUACAUACAUACAUACAUACAUACAUACAUACAUACAUACAUACAUACAUACAUACAUACAUACAUACAUACACAUACAUACAUACAUACAUACAUACAUACAUACAUACAUACAUACACACAUACAUACACACAGAUAUUUUGCGAUCUCGGCGAACUGUGUCGAAUGCUAUAUGAGACUCGGCGCUCCGGGCCUCGGUUAGAAAGUCGGUUUUUGGAGCAAUUGCGUAACCUUUCUAUAUGAGAAAGGCAAAAGAAUAGUAUUUAAUUAGCUUAAUCAGCAUGAGUUACAUGUUAUCUUCAUGUGAUUAUAUUUUGAAAUGUUGGUGGAAUGGGUUUAAAAGUGGAGGGAAUGCGGGGUUAGUAGAGUGGGAGUGGAGGAUGCGUCAGAAAUCCUUCAUCUUAUUUUGGUAUACGGGGUGGAUGAAGGAAAUGCGGGCGUGAGGGUGGUCCAAGGGGACGGUAGUGAUGAAGGAGGGAAAUGUAAGGGCAAGGCGGGGGGGCGGAGGAGCUCUGAUGCAAUACUCAGCUGCAUAUUUUGCCUUCCAUUUGAGACUUGGUUUGAGAAAAUCGGUUCAGUCAUCACCGAAGAACCGAUGUGACUUUAUUUGUGGAAUAUGCCCGGAAUUCCGGACUUCCGGAAUCGUCGAUAGUGGACAAUAUAUUCAAAGAAUGUUUAAUUGGCAAUCAGUGAUCUAGAUCUGCGAUAAGAAGUAAUUUGGUGACCAUUUCAAUAGUUUUUAGCCUCUGAGGUAUUACGAUUGUACCGAUUUAUAUGGGAAAUUCCAGUGUAUCCUUACUAACACCCUUGUAACUCCGGAAGCAAGAGUCAGAACAGAAUGAAAUUCAGCAGCGAUCAAUGGCAUUACUGUAUCUUUCAUUUGAAAUCAAGUUUGUAAAAAUCGGUAGAGAAUUCGUUGGGGAAUGGGUGUGAUAUUAGCUUAAGAACUUGGCGGGUUCCCCGGGGGCGUCAUGAACCGUCAUAUGUGGCCAAUGUGGUCAAAGCUGCUUUGAUUGAUCAUUAGUGAUCCAGACCCGCAAACUAGAGUAAUGUUACAUCAAUUUUAAUAUGUUUUACAUCAUUUGAACAUCAUGGUGGUACCAGUUUAUAUGGGAAUUUGCUGUGUGACCGCACUCUUCAACCCGUAACUCCGGAACCGGAAGUCGGAUCAACUAAAAAUUCAAUAGCAGCUUAUGGGAGCGUUAUACCUUUCAUAUGAAACUAAGUUUGCGAAAAUCGGUUCAGCCAUCUCUGAGAAAAUUGUGUGAGUUUAAAUGACACACACACAUACACACACAUAUACAUACACACACACAGACAUUUGCCGAUCUCGACGAACUGAAUCGAAUGGUGUAUGACACUCGGCCCUCCGGGCCUCCGUUAAAAAGUCGAUUUUUACAGUGCUUGCAUAGCCUUUCUUUAUACGAGAAAGGCAAAAAAGUUCCUUGGAAUUCUCAACGGUAUUUUUGGAGGUGAGAAUGUGAUUGAACCAACAUAUAUCUUCUAUUUAUUUGUUUGUUUUAUACACUAUAUCAUAUCAAAGCGCCAAUGCACAGCGGUCCAGAAUGCAAAUUUAGCAGAAAUUUUGAGUUUUUACUAAAACUAAACAACUUAGCCUAAUUAAGUCUUUGGAGAAGUUUCCGUAGUUUGUGAGCCCCUUUUUUGUUAAUACAACAGUUAGGGUGGUUCUAAUUUUACCAAGAUCAAUAAAAUAACUUUUUAAUCAUUCCAGAUAGAGCCAAGAGACUUUCAGCGAAGUUGUAGAACGACGAAUUUUGAAAAAGUUUGCUGAAGACAUGUAAGCUCUAUCUGUCGUACUUUUUGUUCUACAACAAAUUUAAAAUCGAUGGUUAGGGUGUUGCUUAUAUUGCUUAUUGUUAUAUUUAAAUAACUUUUGCGGUAUUGACUUUAAAGCGAAGUAAUCUUCAGACAACUUUAAGGUUGUUUUAUGGCGAAUAAUUUGUUUCAUGUCACAUGUAUGAGUUGUAAGCAUUUUUCUCCAUAAAUAGGGUCUUUAGGCAUAACAAUAUCACUCAUUGGGGCAAACAAAAGAUAAUUCUUUUUAAACUAUAAAUAAGAUCAUGAUUAGUUAUAAUUAGUUAUAAUUGAGCAAAAAAAUGGCGAAAACAAUAUUUUUUAACAUUUUAUUAAAUAAAAUUUAACAUUUUAAUAAAUUAAAUUAAAAAAAUAAUAUAUCAUUAAGUGCUUUUAUCUUUUGAAUAACAGAAGAUGUGUUAGAAGAAAAUGUUCGUCUUCAAAAGCUCUGAAAAAGAUCAGAAGGAUUUGUUGGAGAAAGAUGAAAACUGAAAAAAAAAAUUAAAAUUUUUGUUUUUCAUUAAUUGACCCUUUGUAAUUUGUUAAAUUUACUUUCACGGUGGACAAUAUAAAAAAUAUUGUUCCGUUUUCUUGAUAAAAUAUUGCACUUGGUGGCUGUAAAGUUUUUAAAAUCAGAAAAUUUACUUUUUAAUGGUUCGAGAUAGAAUUUUGCUGUCUUUC